CGCUCGACAAUCCGGGAAAAUCGGAGUGCGCUUGCGUAUCCAGACGUGGCAGCGGCAUCAUGGCCUCUUGGAACCGCAACGGGAAUAGGAUGAGAGAGGCGAAAAUGUCCACGCUGGUGCUGCUGGUGUGGCUGCUGUCUGCGUUGGACGCUGUAAAGGUGUCUCCUCUAAUAGAUAAAGUUGGUGACCACAAAGACUUCAAGAAGCUCCUCAGGACCAGAACCAACGUUCUAGUGCUCUACACAAAAACAGCAACAUCGGGGGACUCCCAUUUGAAGCUGCUAUCUGAUGUCGCACAAACAGUUAAAGGCCAAGGGACCAUUGCCUGGGUCAAUUGUGGAGAUUCGGAAGGCCGUAAACUCUGCAAGAAAGUAAAAGUGGAUCCAAGUUCAAAACAAGGAGGAAUAGAGCUGCUGCAUUACAAAGAUGGAACUUUUCAUACAGAAUACAACAGACCUACCACAAUAAAGUCUAUGGUAGCAUUCCUGAAAGACCCAUCGGGCCCCCCACUUUGGGAGGAAAACCCAGAGGCAAAAGACGUCGUACACAUUGAAACAGAAAAAGAAUUCAGGAAGUUGUUGAAGAAAGAGGAGAAGCCAGUGCUCAUGAUGUUUUAUGCUCCCUGGUGUGGAGUUUGUAAAAGAAUGCAGCCCAUUUUUCAGCAAGCAGCCACUGAGGCAAAAGGACAGUUUGUACUGGCAGGAAUGAACGUCCAUCCAUCUGAGUUCGAUGGCCUAAAGCAGGAAUACAGUGUCAAAGGCUAUCCAACCUUUUGCUACUUUGAGAAGGGAAAAUUCCUGUAUCACUACGAAAACUAUGGUGCUACUGCCAAGGAUAUUACAGACUGGCUGAAGAACCCUCAGCCCCCUCAGCCAAAAACUCCAGAGGUGCCGUGGUCAGAGAUGGAUUCUGCCGUCUUCCAUCUCACUGAUGACACGUUUGACAGCUUCUUAGAGGAACAUCCUGCCGCCCUGGUCAUGUUCUACGCCCCGUGGUGUGGCCACUGCAAGAAAAUGAAGCCAGAAUAUGAUGAAGCUGCUGAAAUACUCAACAAAGAUGCAGAUAGUCCAGGAGUGUUGGCAGCAGUGGACGCCACAGUGCACAAGGCUUUGGGAGAACGCUUUAAGAUCUCUGGUUUCCCAACCGUUAAAUAUUUUGAAAAAGGAGAAGAGAGAUACACAUUGCCACACCUUCGAACUAAAAACAUGAUAGUGGAAUACAUGCACAACCCACAGGCACCUCCACCCCCUGAACUGUCAUGGGAGGAUAAGCCCUCAAGUGUGAGCCAUCUUGGAUCAGAAGAUUUCAGAGAAGCUCUGAAGAAGAAAAAACACGCUUUGGUCAUGUUCUACGCUCCGUGGUGUCCUCAUUGCAAAAAUGCUGUUCCACACUUCACCACCGCCGCAGAACUUUUUAAAGAGGAUCGCAAGAUUGUUUUUGCUGCUGUGGACUGCACAAAAGGACAGAACCACGAGGUCUGCAAGCAGGAAGGGGUGGAAGGUUACCCAACAUUUAACCACUACAAUUAUGGAAAGUUUGUGGAACGAUAUAAUGGAGAUCGUGGGGAGGCAGGCUUUACAGGAUUCAUGCGCAGCUUAAGAGGACGAGACCAGGAAAAGGUAGUCAAAAGGAAGGAGGAGCUCUGAGUGCAGGACCAGGGGACGAUGCAGACUCGCCCUCGAGCUCAGCCCAGUCAGCACUGAUAUGGGAGAUACUGAUGACCUCAGCAAAGGCUGUUUUCUUUUUGUUUUUUUUGUCCUUUUUCUUUCUUCUGUUUUUAUAUAUUACUGGGUGACCCGUUUGUAAUAAUGCCAGUGGAUUAUUUACAGUCCGACCAAACAUUUGAGACUUCUUUUCCUUUUGAUUUUUUCCAUAUGUAUUCUGAUGGGCAAAAAAUAGAAAAGAAAAAACGGACUGUUUUUGCCCACUCACUGUGAAUACGUGAAAAGCUACACCCUAAACUGUAUCUAUGCAAUAUUGACUCCUGCUGUGCCCUGUGGGGGGGGUCUCUGUGACUGUGGUGAUGUCUUAUGAGGGCAUCAAGGCUGAAGUAGAAGUUCUAUUGUCCAUCAGUAAUCAAAGUCUGUCUUUAUGGACUUAUUCUGGUUAUCUAAACACACCUGUUCUUUGGUUUUGGUUCCAUCAAGAACACGGCUUACAGUCUAAAGGAUUAAUCAAUCACUAAUCAUUCCAAAUGUGAAGCACUGCAGUGAGUUGGAAGAAGCUGGAGCUGUGCACAUUGGCUAGACUUUUAUUUUCUUUCUUUACAAGACCAGUAUUCUGUUUGGGUCUGCACUAUCAUUGGUUUUGCUCUGAAGGCGCACUUGAAUUUUUCUUUUUCUUUUAAUAGGUAUUUCUUAAAAAUGUAGCCUUAAACGUUAAAGCAAAGUAAAAUAUCUGGCACUGCAAAAAUCUAGUUUCGGAGAACCUGAGGCCUGGUGUGACUUUCACUUCCUCAACACUUGAACAAGAACCAGAAGAGAAGAGGAAAAAAUGUGUACAUUUGAUGCCAAAUGUUGCUGCGCACACUCCUUUAUACACACAGGGUGACAUUUAUCUCCUGCACCUCUAUAACUGCACCUUUUUGUUUGAUGAAAAGGAGAUUCGUUGAUAUCCUAGCUUACGAAACGGUUUAUUUCUGCAUCACAGGCAGGUCAAAAUGUUUGACAUAAUUCUUUUAUUGUAAACGACCCUUUGAUUUCUAAAAUGCUGCAGAUCUCUAAGCUCACAUUCAGGGCUUUUAUUUUGAAAUGCAUAAACCGUUUUAAUGUGUUCCAUCCAAUCUUAUCAACAUUUUUUGCUCUACGUGCAAAAAUCCUACAUCUGUUUGCCCUCCUUUCCAUCAAUUAGGCAUCAUUUUUAUUUUAUUUUAUUUUAAAUCCAAUCCCCACGCCUUGCCCUGUAUACUUUGUUUAAAGUCCUAUACUGUAUGUAGCUGCACUUGAGUUUUGUUAUUAAAAAACUUUGGUGAUAAAUAAGAUUCUCAGGGAUAGUGAAAUCCACUUAUUGGGAGCGCAUUUCUUAUUAAGUUUUCAUUCCAGCUGAUUUUGACAUCACCAAAUGAAAUAUUGUUUACAUUUCUCUUUCAAAUACACAUCCCAUCCAUUUUUUAGUCCGUUUUAUGGGUUUCUCCUCAAAUGCUAAUUGUUUUUCUGAGUGAAUACUGUCCAAUAGGAUCGGGUCUCAAGUUCUGGCUGGUAUCAGACUUUCUGUUUUUGUUUUGUUUUUAACCUUUGUUGGCGGUGAUUAUUAAAGUUUCAUUGCAAGUUUGAGCGCUCUGAUGGAAGGCCUCAUGCAGUUUGGUGAUAAGGUCACAGUUAUUACAAUCAUUUUGGAGUAAUUCGUUUGUUUCAUCACAGCUCAGACACUGAAAUGCACCUGUUAAACAGAAGAGUCUCCGUCUUUAUCCCAAACGUGUCCAAUUUGUGUACAAAUGUUUCACAUUUUAUGCCAAGAAAUCAUUGUUGCCUUUUUGUUUUCCUUUUGUUUUUGUGUCCAGCCAUCUGAACAGUUCUCCUUUUGCAGUAAUAAAAUAAAGCCAAAAAUAUCUCAAAGAAUGUUUUUUUUUUCAAUGUAUUAAAGACAUUUGUUCUACAUUUUA